UCAUUCGGUUCUAUCACAAAUUCACAAUGAAUAUUAUGUAUCACGAUUACGAUCAUCUCACGGCUUCAGGGAAGAACCUGUGGUCGAAUUUCUUUGUACUGGUUGAUGCGGCGGUAAUGUUAUAUGAAGAAGAACAACGCCGUAAGAUUGUCUCCGAAGAAGAAGAAGAGACACAGAAGAGAAUCUUUUGUCUCUUCCCGAGAAAAACAAGAUCGUCUUUGGUGAAGAGACAACAAAAGCUUAAUGGGUUUUUAACUUCUACUUCUUCAUCGUUUAUCGAUCUUAACCAGUUCCCUACUGAUUCUGAGACAGAACAAAACCAUCUUCGGUUGCUAUCUUCUUCAUGUUUCAUCCCCGCUGAUUCCGAGACGAAAACCCUACAAAACCCUAGUUCUGAACCUUGUUCUUCACUCGUAGUCUUUGAUUACAAGAUGGCUGAGUCCGAGGAGAGGGAGACGAAAGACCCAGUAAACCCUAAUUUUCAAUGUUCUCUGUCUUUGUGCCUAACGGAGAACACAAGCCGCAAGAGACGUGCUGUGGAACAGAGGAAGCGUACUGGUGGAGUCAAGAAAGCAAAGGUUGCUCCUUUUUCACAAACGGCGAGAGAGGCGCCUGAGUGGCUUGUCAAGGUGAUGAGAGACAUGAAAGAAGCCAAAGACGCUAAACUGAUCUUUGAGAAGACUCUGUUCGUGACUGAUGUGAACCCAACACAGAACCGUCUCUCAAUGCCUUUCAACAACUUAAUCCGGAACGAUUUCUUGACCUCUGUGGAGUCCAGAAUCAUAGACAAAGACAUCAACAACGAUAAGAAGAUUGGAGUGGGAGCGAUUCUCGUGGAUCAACGGUCUGAGAAGUGGGGUGUGAUGUUGAAGAGAUGGGAGAUGAAGAAGGAAUCAGGAAAAGGAAGCUGGAAUUACAAUUUGAUUUGUGGGUGGAACGAUAUCGUUGAGGCUAACGGAUUGAAAGACGGCGACAACAUUAGUCUUUGGUCGUUCAGGUGCUGUGGAGUCCUCUGCUUUGCCAUGGAACAGAGUAGCUCUUCUCUUGCUCUCUGUCUCUGCUAAGUUUUUGUGUCUGUUGAGACUAUUACUUGGUUGAUCAACACGUAUAGCGAUCUAAUUUCAUGCGAUUCUGCAGGUUUUUGAUUUAGUAACUUCUUGGAAGUUUAAUUAACAAAAUUAGGGGUUUACUACGGUUUUGAUUUUAUUAGUAACUUGUUCUUACUAUUGUUUCAGAUCUUUACUAUUGUAUGAACUUAGCAUUUUGACAUGAAACUGGUUUGUUGUGUGGUCUACUUUAGCUACUGCAUUAAAGUAGGGUUGUUCCUUCUAUAGACUUUGAGAUAUCUUGUAAUAUAAAAUAUCUCAAAAUCUAAAUUUUUGUGAUGAAAUUGCUCCAAUCGUGCAAGUGUUUUGGUACAUUCGUCAAGUGAGAAUCUGAUUUUUUAAACUCAAAUAUAAAACAAAGAGCAAAAUGAUCAAAUCAGGAACAAAAUUUUUUGCCAAGACAGGUUUUGCUAGCUACCAUUGUCGAAGUCAGAUGGAAAGUUUAUUUCAGACUCUAACUGAGGCUCAUGAUCCCAACCAACUCUACAUCGUUUAUAAGCUUUCACGAGAAGAAUCCUCUCACCGGGCUUGCGCCAAGACAGGCUUCGUUGACGGCAGGAGAUAAUCUUGGACCGUUACUUGCGCCUUGUCUGGUGAGUUUGUCGAGGGCGCACGGCAUCUCUUUCUUCUGGGUCAAAUUCUCUCUUAUUGAGAUAUUAUCCAGAUUUGGCUCUUCGAAUUUUCCACCAACCGGGUCCUUUUUGAUGUGUUGUCUCUACUGCUUGAUCGGGCGAGGUCUCCGUUACAGCUUUGAAAUAGCACCCUUGAAUUGGCUUUGCAAAUAUAUACUCCAAAUUCUGCGAAGAGCUUCUUUCGAUGAGAACCUUGUGUCCCUAACUCUUUGUCUUGUGCCGGUGAGACUCGAGUUUAUGGAACCUUCUUCAACGUCCCAAUGUCUAUUGAUAAGGACAAUUCACCAUGUUCUCGAAUUGAUCGCGAAUGUGUUUUCGACUUCCCUUGGAUUCGUUUGUGAUUUGGUGCUAUAUUGCCCACAUCUCCGUUUUCUCUUGGAUAUGUUGUCGAACUAUCUACCCUUUAUAUCGCUUUUUACUUAUGAUUGUAACCUUCUUGUAUCAUGCCUUGUGUUGGCUAAAACUCUAAGCUCUGUAAGCUCAUAUUCCGUUUGAAUGAAUGAAACAAGGCCUUUGCACAAAAAAAAAAAGACAGGUUUUGCUACAAUUGCUUCUUCAGCCACUUUGUUUUGCUACAAUUACUUUUCUUGUCUAGGGAGUUUGUGCUACAAGGCUCUUGGAUAGGUCCCUGCAGAAAGUUUUGGCAUUCUGUGACUUCUUUCUCCGAUGUGACAUUGAGAAAUACUUCAAGAUAUUCACAGGUUUCUAAUCAAAUCUCUCUGCUCAUAUGGCAGAAAAGCAGUUCAACAUUACUAUUGUUCUUAGA